ACCAAGUUCGGUCAGGCUCGGUCUGGAUUCACUGGAUUCGCUGGAUACGUCUGGAUUCACUGGAUUCACUGGGCUCUCUGGAUACGUCUGGGUUACAUUGGACCACAUCAUCAGCGCCACAAAGUCGACUGGCCACAUUCCGCUGGAAUACUGACCCUCGUUCCAUCAAACUCCAUCUCUGGCAACGCUCAUGGCUCCGACACCGAUCUCAGUUGUUCGCCUGUCGUCCCGGCCGCUCGUUCACACCGCGACCGCCCGGCGCGGCCUCGCCGAUGUGCCGGUGAAGGCCAAGGCUGCCCCUCGAUUCGGCAAAGUGACCCUCUCCGGCAUUCAGCCGACGGGCAUCCCGCACCUCGGCAACUAUCUCGGCGCCCUCCAGAACUGGGCCCGCAUCCAGCACGACAAGACCGAUCCCGACCAGCGAUAUUUCUACAUGGCAGCCGAUCUGCAUGCCAUCACGGUCCCGCAGAACCCAAAGGAUCUCCACCGCCAAAUCGAGGAUGCCAUGAUUGCCAUCCUGGCCUGCGGAAUCGAUCCAAAAAAGUCGGUUCUGUUCCAGCAGUCGAUGAUCCCACAGCACUCGGAGCUCGCCUGGAUCAUGUUCUGCCGAACGCCGGUUGGAUGGUUGAGCCGCAUGCAUCAGUGGAAGUCCAAGCUCCAGGCUCUCCAGAAGGCAUCGGGCUCGGCAUCCCAGUCGCUCGCGGCGACAACGCUGUCGCUGGAUGCUGUGGCUCCGACGAGCGGCGACGGUCCUGACCCCACUCAAGGGCUCUGUGUCGGAUUAUUCGCUUAUCCGGUCCUGCAAGCGGCCGACAUCCUGCUGUACAAGGCCACCGAAGUGCCGGUUGGCGAGGAUCAGGUGCAGCAUCUGGAGCUGACCGCAGAGAUUGCCCGUAUCUUCAACAACAGCGCCAAGAAGGAUCUGUUCCCGAUCCCCAAGGCAGUGCUGCCAACGGCCGGCGCCAAGCGCAUCAUGUCUCUCAAGGACCCGCACUCCAAGAUGUCAAAGUCCGAUCCCAACGCCGGCUCGCGCAUCAACAUUGACGACACCCCCGAGCAAAUCAGCAGCAAGAUCAAGAAGGCCACUGUGGACUCGAUCCGCGGCAUCACCUACGACCCGGCAGGCCGUCCUGGGAUUGCCAAUUUGCUGAGCAUCUACUGCUCGCUCCAUCCGACCGAAACCGAUCCGGUCGCCGUCGCCGAGCAGUUCCAGAGCCUGGGCAACGCCGAGUUCAAGAAAGCCGUGGCGGACGUGGUGAUUGAAUCCCUGACUCCGGUGCGAAACGAGAUCGCACGGCUCCGGCACGAUCGGACAUUGCUGCACGAGCUGCUGCGGGAGGGUAACCAGGCAGCGACGGCAACGGCCGAGCGGACACUGACCGAGGUCAAGCGAUCGGUCGGGCUGCUGCCGUGAGCGCAGAUUACGCAACCGGCCGUCAUGGAGAAUCAUGAUGAUCGGACAGGCAGGCGGGGCCUGGCGGAGCAGCGGAGCAGCGGGCCGGCCAAGUUCGGCCCGGCUGGGAUCGUCCGAAGGCUUCACGGCAACCUGCGGAGUGGAGCAGAGAGGAAGGCGAGUGCGGGCCCCGUCGCCAGCCGCGCGGGAAUGCUGCCCAGCAACGAAGCACACGGACGAAUAUAUCUGGUCUGCCUGCCUUGA